AUGUGGAAAUGUUACUGUAAAGCUUACAGAAGCUUAUGGCUUUUGUUGGGGUGUUGGGCGUGUUGUCGGAUUGCUUAUGAAGCCAGAAAACAAUUCCCUCAUCAGAAGAUUUGGAUCACUAACGAAAUUAUUCACAACCCGACUGUUAAUAAGAGGCUAGAAGAGAUGGAAGUUAAAGAUAUCCCAAUUGAGGAAGGAGAAAAACAAUUUGAUGUUGUUGAUAAGGGCGAUGUUGUAAUUCUGCUUUGUUUUGGAGCUGCAGUAGACGAAAUGUUGACUUUGAGUAAUCUUCAAGUUAAUCAGGAAUUCAACAUCUAUGAAGGCACUACUGACUACUUCCAGAAUAGUCAUGGGAUUAUCUUUUUGGUUGAUAGAAAUGACAGUGAUAGAGUUGUUGAUGCAAGAGAUGAGUUGCAUAGGAUGUUGGAUGCUGUUUGUUCGGUUGAAUCAAUUAGUUGCACAACAAAACCAGUUAUCAGACUUGAUUUAAAAUCUGAAUACAACAAAAACUUGUUUAUGAGAUUGGCCUAA